GUCUGGUCCCUUCCUUCCUCCGUCGCGCAUAGAGAGAAGAUUCUGGUUGUUUUCUGGUGUCGUUACGGCUGAGGAUGCCCGCUCCGAUCAGACUGCGGGAGCUGAUCCGGACCAUCCGGACGGCUCGGACCCAGGCCGAGGAGCGAGAAAUGAUCCAGAAAGAAUGCGCGGCGAUCCGAUCGUCCUUCAGAGAAGAAGACAAUACUUACCGCUGUAGAAAUGUGGCAAAGCUGCUGUAUAUGCACAUGUUGGGUUAUCCGGCACAUUUCGGACAGCUGGAAUGUCUGAAGCUGAUUGCAUCACAGAAGUUCACCGACAAGAGAAUAGGGUACCUGGGGGCCAUGUUGCUGUUGGACGAGAGGCAGGACGUCCAUUUACUUAUGACAAACUGCAUUAAGAACGAUCUAAAUCACAGUACACAGUACGUCCAGGGACUGGCCUUGUGCACUCUCGGCUGCAUGGGUUCGUCAGAAAUGUGUCGUGACCUGGCUGGGGAAGUGGAGAAGCUGCUCAAAACGUCAAAUUCCUACUUGAGGAAAAAGGCAGCACUGUGUGCGGUUCACGUCAUUCGGAAGGUUCCAGAGCUGAUGGAGAUGUUUCUGCCAGCGACAAAAAACCUGCUGAGCGAGAAGAAUCACGGAGUUCUCCACACGUCUGUCGUUUUACUCACUGAAAUGUGUGAACGGAGUCCUGACAUGCUCACUCAUUUCAGAAAGCUGGUUCCUCAAUUGGUGCGAAUCUUGAAGAACCUGAUCAUGUCUGGAUAUUCUCCUGAGCAUGAUGUGUCCGGCAUCAGCGACCCCUUUCUGCAGGUGCGGAUAUUGAGGCUACUGAGAAUUCUGGGAAAGGGCGACGAUGACUCUAGUGAAGCUAUGAAUGACAUUCUUGCACAGGUUGCAACAAAUACAGAGACGAGUAAAAAUGUAGGUAAUGCAAUCUUGUAUGAAACUGUUCUGACCAUUAUGGACAUCAAAUCAGAGAGUGGAUUAAGGGUAUUGGCUAUUAAUAUCCUGGGACGUUUUCUUCUCAACAAUGACAAAAACAUCAGAUAUGUGGCACUGACAUCCUUACUAAAAACGGUGCAGACAGACCACAACGCAGUUCAAAGGCAUCGGAGUACCAUUGUGGACUGUCUGAAAGACCUGGACGUCUCCAUUAAAAGACGUGCAAUGGAGCUGAGUUUUGCCCUGGUCAAUGGAAAUAACAUCCGUGGGAUGAUGAAGGAGCUGCUGUAUUUCCUGGACUCGUGUGACCCGGAGUUCAAAGCCGACUGCGCGUCUGGGGUCUUCCUGGCUGCUGAGAAGUAUGCACCCUCCAAAAGAUGGCACAUAGACACCAUUAUGAGGGUGUUAACAACGGCGGGGAGUUACGUCAGGGAUGACUCUGUCCCGAACCUCAUUCAGCUCAUCACUAAUAGCGUCGAGAUGCAUGCUUAUACCGUGCAGAGACUCUACAAAGCCCUGCUGGAUGAUAUCUCACAGCAACCUCUGGUGCAGGUGGCGUCCUGGUGCAUAGGAGAGUACGGAGACCUGCUGGUGUCGGGACAGUGUGAGGAGGAGGAGCCCAUUCAAGUUACAGAAGAUGAGGUCUUGGAUGUUUUGGAAGGUCUUCUCGUCUCCAACUUGUCCACCCCUGUGACCCGAGGUUACUCGCUGACUGCCAUCAUGAAGUUGUCCACUCGUUUCAGUGGCGUGAAUCGAAUAAAGAAAGUGGUGUCCAUAUAUGGCAGCAGCAUAGAUGUGGAGUUGCAGCAGAGAGCUGUGGAGUACAAUGCACUUUUCAAGAAAUAUGAUCACAUGAGGCCAGCCUUAUUAGAACGAAUGCCUAUUAUGGAAAAAACGGCCACUAACGGGCCGACAGAGAUCGUACAGACCAACGGCGAGACGGAACCUUCUGCACUGGACACGAAACACCCGCCCAGCAUCGUUCAGACAAAUCAGGCGAAUGAUUUGUUAGACUUGCUUGGAGGUAAUGAUGUUCCUGUUAUUCAAACCACUCUACCCACUAAACCCGCAUCAGCUGGCGGAGAGCUGCUCGACCUACUCGGGGAUCUGUCCCUCUCUGGUGGUCCAACCCCUGCACCUGCUCCUUCUGUACCCGUUUCCCAGCCGCCGUUCCUCUUGGACGGUCUCUCCUCACAGCCGCUGUUCAACGACGCUGCAGCAGCAAUUCCUCCGAUGAUCGCGUACAACAAGAACGGUCUGAAAAUAGACUUCACCUUCGAGAGGUCCAACCCGAACCCGAACAUUUCAGUCAUCACCAUCCACGCAACCAACUCCACCGAGGCGGACAUGGCCGACUUUGUGUUCCAGGCUGCAGUACCAAAGACAUUCCAGCUGCAGCUCCUCUCCCCCAGCAGUAACAUUAUCCCCGCCCUUAACCAGGGAAGCGUUACACAAGUCAUCAGGGUUCUUAACCCACAGAAGCAACAGCUGCGAAUGCGAAUCAAGCUGACGUACAACCACAAAGGCUCUCCUGUUCAAGACUUGGCCGAGGUCAACAACUUUCCCCCUCAGUCCUGGCAGUGAUUGUGCUGUUCACUCGAUCUGUAACACCCGCCACACACACGUAUAUGCACACACACACACACACACACACACACACACACACCCCAAGCGAGGGAACUGUGAGCUAUGAAGCGCCCUUCCUCAUCUCUGCCUGGCCCCCUGUGACAUAACUGCACAUCGCUGCCCUGGGGUUGCAUGGGAAACGGAGGAAUCUUCCUAAAAAACACACGCGUGCGCACACAGUGGUGUUUAAACCAUGAUGAUGACAAUGAUAAACCCUUUCCCUUUUUAUUUGUUGUCUUUUCUGUCUUUCUGCUUCAGAAUUAGCACAUCACUACUUCUCUUCCUGGCUUGCACUCGGUUUAGUGCGUGCGCGCACACGCACCCUAAGCUAGCCCUGACCCCUUUUCUUUCUCUACAUGGAUUAUACCACUCAGUGGUCACUCUGGAGCGGAGCUCGUUGGAAUGAGCAUUUGAUUCAUCUCGAUUUUCAUGUUUUUAAUCAUAGUAGGCUUAAUUUUUAAAUUAAAGAUUAACACACACACACAAAAAAAAAGGAUUAAUGAAAAAUUUUGAGCCUGAAGCACCUUUUUGGAUUCACGCUGGCAUUUCAGAGUUGGUUUAUACAACCAUGGCAUUUCAGAAAGAACAAGAAAUGUCAUACAUUUGAGUCGUCAGCUUUACUUUUUAUUCACAAAUGACCCAGUUUACAAUCUCUGGCGAAAUUCUCGUGCACACUGAACAAGCAAGUGUUGUUUUUUUUUUUGUUUUUUUUUUUCCCCCGUAACUGCUUUGCUCUACUAUAGUCUGUACUGUAGUCUUCAUUACACGUUGUACACCUUAGUUUAAACCGUACUAUGUUUUUUAAUAAUUAAAGCGAAAGGUUGGAGUCUGAGAUGGUGGAAAUCGGAGAGGGGCAGCCCUGCGUUCACACUAAACCGCAACGAAGUGAUGGUUCGUUUCCUACGUUUGCUUGCGUGACAUGGAGCCACGAUUUCGUCAGUGAGCGGCUUUUCAGAGUGCUAUGCAAAUUUGGAACGACACAUUGGCGUGACCGAUCCAAACGAUUGGCUCGAAUGGUUCCUCCAAUGGUUCCUCGGCUCGAUCCUGUGGCGCAUGUGGUCCGUUUCUUCGUUCAUGACUUGUCUUGAUGUGCAAAAAGUGAAGGGGGGGGGGGACCUUUCAGGGUCACAGUUCAUUUUAUCCUGUUAUUCUUACAUAGCUGAUUUAUUUAGCUAGCUUUGACAGCGUAGCUGGUACGAAGCUGAGCAUGUCAUGAGUGUUUUUUUUGUUUGUUUGUUUUUUUAAAUUUACUUUCAUGCGUGUUUAGUUAAGUUUAGGUGGUUUCUCUGGCUGCUAUCCUCUCAUUGGAAUGUGGAGGGGGGGGGGGAGAGACGCACACAACAGGCCACGCCCACAAACGAGCUGUUAGUUUGCGUGUUAGUGGGAACAUAGGUUAGUGUAGAUGCUCAGUUCUUUCACAGCGUUCACGUUUUUCUUCCCCUCAUGAAGUUGAGUUCCCUGCGUCUCUUUUUGGUACUUUGUCGCGAUAUUGACCGUCACUGGCCAAAAGUCGUCGUUGAACAUCAGUGCAGUUUGGAGAUGAGUUGAAAUUUUACACUGUAAAUGAGGUCCAUCAUGAAUGUAGUUACAUGCACUGAUUUUUUUUUUUUUGUGAUUUUUGAAGUGUGAGGUGGGGUUGGGGAGGAGGAAAAAAAAUCCUGUCGCCUGACUUAAAGCAUCGUGCCUUUUUGCCAUAAUGGUUCGAGCCGAACUGACUGGCUGCUUUCUGUAAAUCGGAGCAACAUUUAUUUCCUUCAUGGCAGAUAUCAAGAAUGUGACGUCGGUGUGAAAGUUUGUGCGAGUUGUGAUCUUUUCCCCCUGACUGAUUUAAUUCCUUUUUUUUUUUUUUUUUUCUCUCCAGCUCAUUUUUGGAAGCAGUAAUUGAAAUACCUCGGGUUUUUUUUUUUUUCCCUUUUGAAGAAGCAUCAAGAUGGUGCAUUCAGGCAUCUUUUGGGGGGGAAUUUAGUGUCCUGACAAAUGCGUCACUAACAAAUCUGUCUUCUCUUAGACACAGUAACCGGGUAGGUUUGAUUUGGGGUUUUUUUUUUGUACAAAAUGAAAUUUCAUCUUUUUAGUUCAGUAAUCAAAGCUGUAACUUGUGUACAUCAUGGGGGGUGGAAGAAAGUCUGCAUUCUGUUACUACCUUUCUCUCUCUCUUUCUCUUCCCCUACCCCACCCCACCGUGCUGUCUUGGGGCUUUUUUUGUACAUAUUGAGGGCUUUUAACAUGCAUCUAUCCUUUUCACCUUUUGUCUUUUUCUUUUUAAACAUGACCCUUUUCUAAUCUGAAAUCCUACGCAGUAAUCAGUCUAAUUUAAUAACUUCCCUGUUUGUUCAGAAGAAAAUGUAUUAUCUGCUGCCUGUAUAUUGUAUAUAACUGUAAAAGAUGAUGGGGGAGGGGGGAAUCAAAUCAAAUAAACUCCAAUUUGAAGACCUGUGGACAUAUUAGUUAAGGGGGUGUACUUGUAUACAAGUGUGUAAAGAAUCAACUGCAUUUCUUUUUCCUUUUGAUUUUUUUUUUUUCCUUUUUGUUUUGCUAAUCACGUAGAUGGCGGUCAGAAUGUCAGUGGUUUGAUGGAGUACUGAAAUGACGUUUUGCAAUAUGAUGGGAUGCAUGCGCUGCAUCACCACCCGAACCCUCCAAGCUUGGCUUUCUUUUAACAAAUCACCUUCAGGUCACUGUUGGUAUCGUCAGCACUUUUUUUUUUUUUUUUUUUUUUUUAAAUGACCAUUUCACUCAUGUCUAGAUGUGUUUUUUUUUUUUUUUUUUUUAACUGUAAAUUAACCUUAAAGCAAAAGCUGCACACUGAUUUUCUGACAUCAGAGAGAUUACUAACUCAUUUCUGAUUCUGUUCGUUCUCCGAGAUGCGAAUCAUCGAGGAGUGGACUGAUCAAAGCUGUUACUGUCUUAAUAAAUUUCUCUCUAUCCA